CUCUGAUACUGUAAUCCAACAGUCCGGCAAGCCAUGCACUCAUUCUCACUCGCUUAUUCGCCGGUUGAAUUUCUCGCUUCCCUAUUCUACGUCCUUAUUUAGAUCAGAAAAAAUGCCAGACUCUACUCCCACCACGUCGCUCAUCGGGCGAAAUACUCAAGAAGAAAUACCAUCUUCCAUUCUGCGGUGAGUACCAAAAUGGCUGCCCGUGCAUUUACUAAAUUAACCACUCCCAUCGUAGAAAGUCUCAAAGAUCCAACCUUCCCUUACCACCAGAAGUUCGAAACACGAUCUUUAAUUACGUCCUCAACUCUGAUUCAGGAAAUGUCUUGACACAAAGGUACCGCCUAGGCUGGUAUAACACAGCAUAUUUAAGCUUUCGUACUCAUACAGCGCUUCUGAGAGUAAACAAAGAAAUCGCGAAAGAGAGCUUGUCCUUGUUCCGAUUCUUCUCUAUCACAGCAUCUUACUACCACCAGGAGGUGAUAGAGUUCCUCACAGGCAUCGUCCCGAAUUUGCUUUAUAAUUACGUUCCAAAAACUUGUCCCAUUACGGUUCCUGUUACCAUCGAUAUCGAUAACUUAGUGAGAAUGGGAAUUCGAAGGCGGAGGCAUAAUGAGGAUCCGACGGCGAACCGGAGGAUGGUCAUCAUAAAUAUGAGAUAUCUCCCUCGGGUCGUUGAGUUUCUAAAUUCAUAUCAGGCAAAUCUCCCCCAUGCAUCAAGACCUGGGUUUAAUUCUAUGGUCAGAAUCGAUAAACUCUGGAUAACUUACCAUCCAUGGGUCGACUACCAUUCCGACGGCCAAGAGAAAAAAGCUACCAUGAAUUCCCGACACUCUCAUCCUAACAGCAAUCUCAGACUUCAAUCACAAGUGCAGUUCAUACUCAGCUACCUCCGGCUCGGUACCCACGCCCAAAUCAACGGGAAGAAGGAUGCAAUAGCCAUAAUAUGCAAAGGCGUCCGACUUUUCCUUCCCUGGCGCCUUCGGGGUCUUAGAGAAAUUGAACUCCCACUCCUCACCACCGCCAACCGACCGGUUUACACCCGAGAACAAUGUCUCGUAAAGGCCGUCAUCCAAAAGGCCCGUGGCGACAAGGAAUGGAACUCAAAUUAUCUGGUCCUAGCAAGAAGUUACUACCAACAAGCACUAUUCUGGGCCAACGUACAACACGCCGGGAUCCAUUCUUUGCAGAACAACGUCUCCAUAUACAUAAGAAAUGAACCAAUCUUCAUCUUCACCAUCGAGCUACUAGUCGACCACGCAGUCCUCGACGCAAAACUAGGCUUCCCGAAACACGCGUUCGAAAAGAUCAACUACACAGUCCGCAUGAUUAAACAGACACAGCCUACGCGAGACGUCGAUAAGUAUCGGACGGUGGCAAGGAUGAUGGAAGCGUUCCUCCAUUCUGGAGACUACGGUCCCGAUCGGAGACACAGCGAGGAGAGGAACUUGCAUAUGGCGAAAUGUUUGGCCAAGCAGUUUCUCGUUGUGCAUUAUCCCGAUGAGCCUCCUUGCCGUCCUGAGGGCGAGAUUGGUGUCUGGGGAGAGAAGAUUCAAGCAAUGUAUGAUUUCAUUGUUGAUAAGCUGUGUGAGAGGAGAAGGAGAAGGAGGGAGGCACAAAGAGCUUGGAAGAAAAUGAGGGCUUUGAAAGCUGCGAAAAAGAAGGAGUUAAAGUCCCGGGCUUUGGCCGAGAAUAGGUUUGCCUUACUUUUCGAAUGUGAAACGAUGAGAGAACUAUACGCUUAAGUGGAGUUUAUUUGAGGGAGGUUGAGAGACUGCGAUAGUUGGGAAGGAUGACUCGUGUAAGGAAUUGUAAUGAGGAGGAUGGGCAUGAGGUUAGUUAGUUGUAUAGAUAUCUAAGAAUUCCAUAUAGUGUUCCAU